AUGUCGGCUGCUAACUUGACCUCACUCCACCCCUCCACCUUCAUCCUUGUUGGGAUCCCAGGACUGGAAGCCUACCAUGUCUGGAUCUCCAUCCCCUUCUGCUCCAUCUACAUCCUCUCACUCCUUGGGAACUUUCUCCUCCUGGGGCUUAUCAGGACAGAGCCGAGCCUUCAUGAGCCCAUGUACCUGUUCCUUUCCAUGCUGGCGGCUGCCGAUCUGGUUGUCUCCACCACCACCUUGCCCAAAAUCCUGAGUAUUUUCUGGUUUCAGAACAGAGGCAUCCACCUCCAUGCCUGCCUAGCCCAGGUCUUCCUGAUCCACUCCUUUUCCACCAUGGAGUCGGGGUUCUUUGCCGCCAUGGCCUUUGACCGCUAUGUGGCCAUAUGCAACCCACUGAGGCACUCUGCCAUCUUGACCAGCACAGUCACUGCCAAGAUCGGCCUGGUGGUCAUGAUCCGAGGGGCUGUGCUGCUGUGCCCUCACCCUAUUCUGUUGCUGCAGCUCCCAUACUGCAGAGGGAACAUCAUCGCCCACACCUACUGUGAGUUCAUGGCUCUGGUGAAACUGACCUGUGCAGACACCUGGGUGCCCCAAGCCUACAGCCUGACCGUUGCCUUUCUGACGGGAGGGCUGGAUUUCGCUUUCAUCAUUCUGUCCUAUAUCCUGAUCCUCCGGACUGUGUUCCAGCUUCCUUCCAAAGAAGCCCGGGUCAAAUCCCUCAGCACCUGUGGCUCCCACGUCUGUGUGAUCCUGAUCUCCUAUACACCAGCAUUCUUCUCUUUCCUGACCCACCGGUUUGGCCACAGGGUCGCCCCUUGUGCCCACAUUAUUGUUGCCAACAUCUAUGUCCUGAUUCCGCCCAUGAUGAACCCCAUCAUCUAUGGAGUGAAGACAAAGAAGAUCCAGGAAAGUGUUCUCAGAAUCCUCAGAUUCUCCUCUCCGGAAGACAAAGAAGUUGAGAAGUAG